CGGUACACACGCUUAAAGAUCUUACGAAACUUCCAGUUUACUCUGCAAGCAAUCAAAAAAGAAUUUUUUAAUGCUCUACUUGUAAAGUAUGAGAUGCGAAUUCUCUACCUCUAAAGUAUGAGAUGCGAGUCAAGUUGGUAUAGUUGGAAGCCAUGACUGAUAUUUUCUCCGAUGGAGCCGCCCGCUGUUUCCUUGGUCUCUGAUAUUGGUGUGAAAAGGAAGAGUCUUGCAGUAAUACGUCCAGAAAAGAGAAGAAAGAGAUACUCACUCUUCCUGAGCAAUUUUGAUCAAAAAUUUGUGGGCUAUGUCACAACAUUUGUGCAUAUGUUUUCUGGAAAUCAGGAAAUAGAUUUUGAUGCCAUAAUCUAUCUUCACACGGAGGCGCUCCGUAGGAUGUUGGAUUUUUAUGACUUCAUAUCGGGGAGGCUAACGUUAAAUACAGAGCAACGGCGGUUUGAGAUCGAUUGUAAUGCUGCAGGAGUGCCCUUAGCAAUUUGCGCAAGUGAACUGACUUUGGAAGAGAUGGGAGACGUUACAUACCCAAAUUCCGCCUUCACUCAGCUUUGUUUAAUGCCCGAAUCUACCAAUCAAAUAUCAGAAGAAGACCAUCUCAUGUCUUUUCAGGUAACUCGGUUCAGAUGCGGCGGCUUUGCUGUGGGAACUGCUGUAAAUCACUGUCUUGUGGAUGGAUUUGCAUUGCACGAGUUUGCAAGCAACUUCGCCCACCUGAUUAGAAAGGGAGAUGUGGCAUUCCUACCCGUGAUUGAUCGUACCUGCUUGAAAGCGCGCGUUCCUCUUCAGAUUAAGUACGAGCACGAAGAGUUGAUGAAGCCUUCUCAACUGGGCAGUGAUUCCUCGCCUUUCAUGCAAAGAAACCUGGAUCUAGUGCCCAAUAAGAUGGCCCUGGAGAAGCAUGUUUUCAAGCUCUUCUCCUUAUCAGGAAAAAUGCUUGAUCUCCUCAAGCUGAAGGCAAAGGAAGGGGGAGUUUCUCAUUGCACAAGUUUCAUUGUAGCAUUGGCACACCUCUGGCGCACAAGAACUGCUGCAAUGGCAAACAUCAAUGCCAACGAUAUUACAAUAGUUCAGUAUUUCGUGGACAUAAGGUCAAAGAUGAGACCUCCUCUUCCACGGGAAUAUGUAGGCAAUGCAAUAAAGGCAGCUUAUGCAAAGGCAACAGCCAAAGAAUUACAAGAACAACAAUUUUACGAGACUGUCAAAAAAUUGGAAGAAGCGGGAAAUAGAUUGACUGAUGAGUACUUGAGGUCUACUAUAGACUGGCUUGAAUUACAUGAUGGAGUGAUGCGUCUGGAGAACGGGUUUUUGGCAACAUCGUUGACUCACAUGGAAUAUGAGGACAUUCAAAUUGUAAAAGGGGUUAAAUCAAUAUAUGCAGGCCCUGUGAUAUCUGGGACAGUCGAUCUCGUCGUAUUUAUGGCCGAUCCAAAGGACAAGGCUGGCAUAAAGAUUUUUAUUGCCUUGGAACCUUCCAACAUGGCCAGAUUUCAGCUUCUUUUUAAAGAUGUCGACAGUGAUAGAGCUGUUAGGUCUAAUCUGUAGGACUUUCUUUUGUUUGUCUAUUUAGAUGAAACAGCUAGAUAAACUUA